AUGUCACGAGACUUCAUUCCGAUUUUUAACUUUUGGGCACACCCGACAACGACAAGUCACCUCACUCACCAGCCUACGCCAAGAGUUACUGAACAUUUUACGGGACUUGAGUCCUGCCCAGAAAUCACCGACUGCCGAAAUCCCUCAGGAAGAAUAUCCCCAUCCCAGCGCGAAGUGGAUAGUCUCUCCCGUCGAAUAUCGAAGCUCAUCGAAGAAAACGAGCGAGUACUAGUUGGCCCGCGCCAGACCCGCCGCCGCAACUCCCUCGGAGUCGAGUCAAUAGCCGCCCUAGGCGAAGCUUCAAUUCGCGACGAGCUCAAAGCGCCCGGUGGAAAAUCGCCCAGGAGGAAGUCUUCUACUGGCUCUCUCUCCAAUUCCAGGCGAUCUUCAAGAAGCGGUCCUUGGAGAUACGAAGAAAGAAUUCUCCAGCUCGGCUACACUCCCUCAAAGUUCAAUUCUUCUUUUAGUAGAAGAAACUCCCUGCCGAUAGAUUGCUCACCAGUUGGGCAAGCUCCGUCUUCUUUCCGGAGCAUUCCGACGGUGCUCACGACUCCCGCGGCGCCCCGGUCUGGCCGCCGUGCUUCGCUCCCCGCCAUCUCGGGUGGCUCCUCCGCCUCCUGCCCCAUCACCCCGCGCUGCCUUUUAGAGAUGCAUCAGGAGCCUGAGCUCGGCGCCUCGGCGGCUGCACUCCAUCGACCGCAGAGAUCGAGCGUGAUUCAACUGAACCCUGAAUUCGAAGCGAGUCGAGAUUCGAGGGAUUCAAGAGACUCACGGUAUUCGAUGAGAAUGGAAAGGGAUGAAAUGGACUCGACGGAAGAAGAGAUUGACAUCGACGUAGUUGGUGAAGAUUCGGAUAAAGAAGAGGACCAGCCAAUUUCGGAUGCUCAGAAACUCCAAGCCACCCUUAGCCGAAAGCAAUCAAUUCUCCGCCGCUGGGAAGCAGAAAACGGACUUUCCAAGGCAUCGAUUCCUCCAGCGUCAAAUCAUUCUACUGAUCAUAAUGAAAAUGGCUCCUCCCGGACCAGCGCUAGAAACACCCCCGAAGCGAUGGAAGUCGAGAAUCACCCACCCACGAUAACGAUGCCGCUUCAUCCUGCGUUCAGAGAAAGCGCUGGGCAAAAAAUCGGAGCUAGAGUCAAUGCUGAUAUUUUUUGCACGAUAGAACAGAUCAAAAAGCAAGCAGCUGCCCAGCGAGAGCUCUUAGCAGAGCAAGGUUCAUUCGUCGCCCCGCAGCUCAACGGGGGGCAGCCUGUGAUGAGCCACGUGACCCGGAACGACUCGGCGCCAAACGCAGUCGUUCAACUCAAGAAAACCGUCUCGCCCACUCCAUCUGAUGAUCAGGGAUCGCAAGAAAAUGAUGAAAGCAGACCGUUUCGAUGCAACGACUGUGGAGUUGGAUUUAGAAUUGCUGGUCAUUUGACAAGACAUUACAAGUCAAGAUCUCAUCUUACCAAAACCAUGACUAGUCCGCCUGCUUCCUCUCCUUCUCCCGCAGCCAGCGAGGCGUCGUCCUCGAUGCAAGCGAGUCCGUGCACGACGCCGAGUCCCGCCAAGUCGCCUCCCAUCGCGCCCGAGCACCAAAGCGGCUCCAGACGCUUCAGAUGCGACGUGUGUGAUAUUGGCUUCAGAUUCCAGGGCCACCUCGAUCGUCAUUUGCGUUCAACAACUCAUCUUUCCAUGGAAGAAGCUGUCCGUCGCAACACGAAAGAAAAUUCAUAA